UUUAAAGUCUUUUAAAUCCCAUUUCUCUACAAUUAAGAGACAUAUAUUUAGGAGAAUCCAGAGAAAUGUACCAUUACUGAGUACAGCUGCUGUGCAGUAUUAUGUAUAGUAACUUCAUAGUGUGCUACCAUCACUAUUUUAGCUCUUCACCAGUAAUCUAGACAGCAGAUCACUUAAGGAGAUUUCAAGUAUAAGUAACAGUUGUUUAUCCACUAGAGACCAGGGGAAGUGUUGGAAGUCUGUCCAUGUAUGGAGCAGGUCUUGUGAGCCAGAAGUUUGACAUCUCCUUUGGGACAUACUAGCUGCAAAGAUGAACCCCUCCCCUCCCUAGGAGAGGCACUUUAUAAAGUAAGAUUCCCAAAGACAGCAAGGCACAGCAGCUCUCUCUAGUAACGAUGGCUAGCAGAAAAACCAAAAAGAAGGAAGGUGGUGCCAGACGUGCUCAGAGAGCAUCUUCUAAUGUCUUUUCCAACUUUGAGCAGACACAGAUCCAAGAAUUUAAGGAAGCCUUCACAUUAAUUGAUCAGAACAGAGAUGGAUUCAUAGAUAAAGAAGACUUGAAAGACAUCUAUGCUUCUUUGGGUAAAACAAAUGUAAAAGAUGAAGAGCUAGAAUCCAUGCUCAAGGAAGCUGCUGGACCCAUUAAUUUCACAAUGUUUUUGAAUCUCUUUGGAGCAAAGUUACUUGGUAUGGAUGGGGAAGAGACCAUACUAAACGCAUUCAAAAUGUUUGAUCCAGAUGGUAAAGGACACAUUCACAAAGACUAUGUGCUUUGUGGUGUAUAAACUUGAGACAAGUGAACUCCUCAGUGCCUCCC